AGCCAUGUUGGCUCAAGGGAAUUGGUUCUGGUUUCGCAAGGGGUGUUCACACCCUCAGUUUCUAGGCUAACAGGGUUCGAAUCCUUGCGCCUCACAUAUUCGUGCUUCUGCAGUGUACCGUCUUCCUCCUUCGUGAAGUGUCGGCCUGUGGUGAAGUGUCGGCCCGUAGUAGUGUGUCAUUAAUUUGGCAGCUUGGUGUUCACAGCUUUCGGUUAGUAAUAACUUGAAAGAAAGUUGCAGCACACAGAUGGAUGCAUGCGCCGCCUUUUUCACAUCCAUAGAUUUCCUAUAUCGGCUCGAGGCGCUCCGACUAGAGGAUGCAAUCUUCGAAGGACUAGCGCCCUGGCAGGAUACGCAUAUCAUGCUGUUAUCUAUAGUUGGGAAUUUCUUUCCCAUCGGCGUCACCCGCUGCAUGGUUCUAGAUAUGUGGGGCAAACUGUCCGUUUGACAACAUCGCCAGAGGAUGCUUUGCGGAAGCGAUGCGUUGAGCAUCGUUAUGCGGCUCAGAGGAAACUCAAGAAUAUAGGAUUUCAUGCAUUGUUGCGCCAGCACCCGGAUGAUUGGGCCAUUCGCGUUUUGGACAGUUCCGAGUUUGACAACAGAAUCGACGCAUUUGCGUGGGCCCAGGACAGAGAGCUUUGUUUCAUCAAGUCGUUCGGAGGACCCCUUCAAGACAUGUCAUCAUCGCGCAGGCAAACUUUGAAUCUCACCCACGGCGGGCGAGGUAAUCCAGCCCCGUUCGCUGAGUAUCUUGAGGCCCGGACCGCAGCUGGUUGGAAUGCAUUUUUUGCGACUCUGUGCAAGUUCAAGUGUCGCGAAGGGCACGUGUUUGUUCCAGUUAAACACGUAGAAGAUGGCUACCCAUUGGGAAGAGUUGUGAGCAAUGUGCGCUGUGGCUUGUUCAUACGCGCGGACGCCGACCGCCGUUCCAAGCUUUCUGACAUUGGUUUCAUAUUCUCUGUUGAUGAGGCCCGCUGGCAGGAAUUCUUCGCCAGCUUGCAGCAGUUUCAACGCAGGGAGGCCCAUUGUGAUGUACCGUUCCGCCAUGUUGAGGACGGGUAUCGCUUGGGAAUGAUGGUGAGAUAUGUUCGAUCUCGUGGCGUCUUUGUCAAGAAACGUGUCGACAGAGUCCACAUGCUUGUGCAAUUAGGCUUCUGGUUUUCAGCGGAUGCUGAGAAGUGGGGUAAGUUGAUUCGGGCACUGCGCUCAUUUCGGGAUCGUGAAGGGCAUUGUCAUGUUCCUUCGACGUGUGUGGAGGACGGAUACAAGUUGGGUUAUUAUGCAAUCCAAGUGCGAAGUCGCAGAUACCUAGUCAAGCACGAUGCCGACCGGCGGCAAGUGUUAAUUCAAUUGGGGUUCGCCAUCAGCAUGCGAGAGGUGAAAUGGGACAAUUUUCUUCGAGCGCUCAUUGCAUUCAAAGCGAGAGAGGGGCAUUGCAGGGUUCCUCGUAGACACCUGGAGGGCGGCUACGAUCUCGGCCAACGCAUCUACCACAUCAGGUCCCGUGGUGAUUUUGUAAAGUGCUGCCACGAGCGGUGGCUAGUGUUGCAGGAUUUGGGGCUCGACCUCACAAACAAAAAAAACAACUUCCGAGAUGCCCCCAAGAAGCCCCCCAACGGUCCCAAGGAAUCACCAAUGGGCACCCGGAAUUGUAUACGUAUGGCGCGUCGCUGCAAUACUCAUUCGAGUUUAAAUUCGGCGUUUCCUUGUGCUGUUACGCGGUGAAUGCUCAGAUUCCGUCGUGGACAUUCGCACGCCCGUCCCGGCGCUGAAACGGGGGGGAGCGCAUCCGUCACCCGUGGCGUUGGCAGUGCCCGGAGGCGGGCAGAACGACACGGCAGAAAAGCCAGGCAGACGAGCAGGGCAAACAACGCAACGUCCAGUCUUUGCGUGCUCCGGACGUGCAUGCACCCCGCGAAGCGAGAGGAAUGUUGGCUUCGGGAGCGCGAUCCUCGUGUAAUUCGCAAUGGAUUCGCGCCCCGGAGCGGAAAUGUUUGUAAUUCACCAGGAUUUCCACGAUUUGUAUGACCGCACUUUUUUUCGAACGGAUGAUAUUGUUGGACACGCCGUUGAGUUGUACGAUUAUUGUCUUCCGCGCUCCUGUUUACGCGCCAGUCGGAUGCAACACUAUGCCUUUUCAACGCUGGGCCCUCGUCAAACUGGCAGGCCCAGCUGUGCUCAUUGCUUAAGGGAGGGCGCUUCUUGCAGGGGACUUGGGACAGGAGGGGACUUGGGACGGGAUGGCUUGUCGUAGCAUAGUGUGUUCAUAGUUGGUUGAUUGUUGUGCUCCUCCUCGUCUUUCUCCUCUCCCCCUUCUCCCAAUGAUCCUUCUGUGGCGGUGUUCGGUCUUGCUCGCGCCCUCCCACUCAGGGCGGAGAGGGCGGGUGAGUGCAGCCCAGGUCCUGCGCCCGUCUCACACGAACGCCGAACUUUGACAACGAGCCGCCCUUGUUUAAAUGAUUGCCAGAAUUUGAGACGAAGUUCUUUGGAUUUCAUCCAUACUUGAGCCAUACGGAUCUUUGAAUCGCUUUCAAGCUGUUGCAAACUUUCAAGACGAAUGUGCGCGGCGAGGCGGCGAGAGCCACCUGUCGACAACGGGCCAUGUUCCAUCCUUG